AUGGCGAAUCCGAAUACAAAGAUUCAAAUGUUUGGGAAAUUCACGUGGACAAUCAGGAACUUCUCCACGUUAGAGUCCGAGAAAUUGUACUCGGAUACGUUUUCUCUCAAUGGCCACACAUGGAGGCUUUAUAUAUAUCCAAAAGGGAAGAAAGUGAUGAAGUGUUUGUCAAUUUAUUUGAAUGGUGGUGGUGUUGCUACUUUGCCUCAUGGAUGGGAAAAAUUUGCAAAUUUCAAACUCAUUCUCAUUAAUCAGUUCGACCACGAAAACAAUAAAAUAAAAGAAACUAGCCACACGUUCAAUUCGAAAGCAAGGUCUUGUGGUUACGCAUCAUUCAUACGUUUGGAUGAACUUAGUGGCUCUAGUGGUGGGUUCAUCGUGAAUGAUACUUGUAUAAUUGAGGUUGACAUGUUGAUUCAUAAGCCGGAGCAUGAGAAACUGGUUCAUCAAUCAACCUCGUUUGGUGAAGUGGUGGAUUUUAAGGGCAUAGGAAAACUAGACAAAAUUUUUGUUCCUCUACUUGAAGAAGUUUGUUCACGCCAUCCAUUACUUAUUCACAGCAUGAAGAAGAGAAGUCAGAGAUUUAGUGAAUGGGGUUUUACAGCUUUGGGUAGGGUUCUUCAUUUUCUGAAGACUAAAAAGGUGAGAGACAUGGAUGAUGAAUCUUGUAAUCAUCUCCAAACUUUAUGGGAGGAACUUGAGACAUUUGGAUUUGAUUUGGUGUGGCUGAAACCUCAUGUUCAAUCUGCCUUAGGCAUGAAAACUCAUGUUGAGAGAGUUCUGGAGAUUGAAAGGUUGAAGGAGAAUUUGAGUACAUUAGAGAUCGAAACAAAGACUUUGAGAACAAAGAUGAUUGAAGCAGAAGUAAAUCUUGAAAUAGCAAGAAGAGACUUGUUAAAAGAAGGCUUUGAAGAGUGUAAUUUGGAUGUCGAACUAGGGUACGGAAUACCAUGA